AUGGUCGACCCCGCCGCGGCCGCCAAGGGCAAGAAAGACGACGACAACGCGAGCGCGAUCGCGGAGAAGCUCCUCCAAGGCUGGACGAUGCUCGCGGAGUACUGCCCCGUGGAGGGCUGCCAGACGCCGCUCAUGCGCUCGCGCGAGGGAAAGCGCUUCUGCGUCGCGCACGACAUGUUCGUCAUGUCCCCGGAGGAAGCGGCCGCGAUGAAGAGAGACGGCAAGGGCGUCGCCGGGAUCGAGGCGUCGUCGCCGACGCACGCCGCGCCCGCGCCUCGACCGGCGGAGCGGAUCGACUUCUACCGACAGCUCAAGGACGGAUCGUCGCCGUCGACGAUCCCGGAGCCGGUCGUCGCGAUGGACGCCGCGCCGACGCCGCCGACGACGACGACGACGGCGCUGCCGUCCACGGCGACGGACGCGUGCGACGCGCGCGUGAACGUCGACGCCGUCGCGCGCGCGACGAUGGACACGGUCGCGCGGAAGAUGUCCGACGCGCGCGCGCUCCUCGCGGUGAGCGCGUCGCUGAGCGAGUCGCACGAGCUCUUGGCGUUUAUCGAGAUGUGCGCGUCGACGAUCAAGACGCUGCGGGAGACCCCGCCGUCGCGCGGGUGA